UCAAUUAACAUUUGGUGGAUUUGGAUCUACAACUAGCAUACAACCUCAAGAUGUUGACCAACUAACACCUCAAAUUGGAAAUAAUCCAACAAUUCCGACUUUAGAAACUCUUUAUAGUUUUUUAAAGUUUCAAUCAUUUGAUGGAAAGUUCUUGCCAUCUGAAGAAUUUUAUGCAUAUUUCAAAAAAGAUGGAGUUGAAAAUAAUAACGUAAAAGAUGGUAUUAAAAACCAUAUAGAGGAAACAAUUUGGACAACAUCGAUAGCGAUAGGGUAUUUAGAAAUUAUUAUGAGUUCCAAAUAUGGAGAGGAAAGUGAAUUGUGUAAAGAAAAGGCUGAAAGAUGGUUAGAAAAGACGUUGGGUAGUGAAAAGACCAAAGUUAUGGAAAUAGCGAAAAAAUGGGUACAGGAAUGG